CAUCCCCGGGGCCUGCUUGGCACAGCCGCUUCUCGGGUCCCUUGGCACUGGCGGCGGCGGCGGCGGCGCGGCCCGGCGGCUCCCACCACCCUCCUCCCCGGUCCCCAUGUACCGAGCGCUGUACGCGUUCCGCUCGGCGGAGCCCAACGCCAUGGCGUUCGCGGCGGGCGAGACCUUCCUGGUGCUGGAGCGCAGCAGCGCGCACUGGUGGCUGGCGGCGCGGGCGCGCAGCGGAGAGACGGGCUACGUGCCGCCCGCCUACCUGCAUCGCCUGCAGGGAGUGGAGCAAGAUGUUCUUCAAGCCAUUGACCGGGCCAUCGAAGCGGUACACAAUACAGCCAUGCGGGACGGUGGCAAGUACAGCCUGGAGCAGCGUGGAGUCCUCCAGAAACUCAUCCACCACCGCAAAGAGACCCUGUCUCGAAGAGGCCCCUCUGUCUCCAGCGCUGCCGUUAUGACCCCGUCCACCAGUGACCACCAUUUGGAUGCUGCUGCUGCUAGGCAACCCAAUGGAGUGUGUCGAACCGGGUUUGAACGGCAGCACAGCCUGCCCAGUUCUGAGCAUCUGGGGCCAGAUGGAGCCCUCUACCAGAUCCCACCGCAGCCUCGCCGAGCGGCCCCCACGACCCCACCUCCCCCCGUGAAGCGCCGUGAUCGUGACGCCCUGGUGGUUUCUGGGAGUGUUGGCCGCCACACUGGGCCCUCUGCGGGCAGCCCCGCGUCCAGCGGCUCCUCGGUCAGCAGUACCUCCCUGGACACGCUGUACACCGGCUCCAGCCCCUCGGAGCUGGGCCCCAGCUGCUCGCCCACGCCUCCCCCCGUGCCUCGCCGAAGCGCCCACACCACUGUCUCCCAGCCCCAGCCCCCGAAGCCCCCGAGCCCCGAGCCCCCGGCUGAGGAGGCAGUGGCUGAUCCCACCCCCGUUCCUGAUGAUCUGGAAGCCCUGAGCUCCCUGAACUUGGGGACCACGGAGGAGAAGACAGUGGCCGAGACCACGGUGCCCAGGACCAUUGGGGCCGAGCUGAUGGAACUGGUGCGGAGAAACACGGGCCUGAGCCAUGAAUUGUGUCGCGUGGCCAUCGGCGUGGUCGUGGGUCACAUCCAGGCCUCCGUGCCCGCCAGCUCGCCCGUCAUGGAGCAGGUCCUCCUCUCGCUGGUGGAGGGCAAGGACCUGAGCUCAGCCCUGCCCUCUGGGCAGGUCUGCCAUGACCAGCAGAGGCUGGAGGUGAUCUUCGCGGACCUGGCUCGGAGGAAGGACGACGCGCAGCAGCGCAGCUGGGCCCUCUAUGAGGAUGAAGGCGUCAUUCGCUGCUAUCUGGAGGAGCUGCUUCACAUUCUGACUGACGCAGACCCGGAAGUGUGCAAGAAAAUGUGCAAGAAGAAUGAGUUCGAGUCUGUCCUGGCCUUGGUGGCCUAUUACCAAAUGGAACACCGGACGUCACUGCGGCUGCUGCUCCUCAAGUGCUUCGGCGCCAUGUGUAGCCUAGAUGCGGCCAUCAUCUCCACCCUGGUGUCAUCUGUGCUGCCCGUGGAGUUGGCCCGGGACAUGCAGACAGACACACAGGACCAUCAGAAGCUCUGCUACUCCGCCCUCAUUCUGGCCAUGGUCUUCUCCAUGGGAGAGCCGGUGCCCUACGCACACUAUGAACAUUUGGGCACCCCUUUCGCCCAGUUCCUGCUGAGUAUUGUUGAGGACGGGCUGCCUUUGGACACCACAGAGCAGCUGCCAGACCUUUGCAUGAACCUGCUUUUGGCUCUCAACCUGCACCUGCCAGCACCUGACCAGAAUGUCAUCAUGGCUGCCCUGGGCACACACUCCAAUGUCAAGAUCUUCUCUGAAAAGCUGCUGUUGCUUCUGAACCGAGGAGAUGACCCCGUGCGCAUCUUCAAACACGAGCCGCAGCCCCCCCACUCCGUCCUCAAGUUCCUGCAGGAUGUGUUCAGUAGCACUGCUACGGCCACCAUUUUCUACCACACCGACAUGAUGGCGCUCAUUGACAUCACUGUCCGGCACAUUGCUGACCUGUCGCCAGGAGACAAGCUGCGCAUGGAGUACCUGUCGCUGAUGCACGCCGUGGUCCGCUCCACACCCUACCUGCAGCACCGCCAUCGGCUGCCUGACCUGCAGGCCACGCUCCGGCGCAUCCUCAGCGAGGAGGAAGCUUCACCCCAGUGCCAGAUGGACCGCAUGAUUGUCCGAGAGAUGUGCCAGGAAUUCCCAGUGCUGGGGGAAGCCCCCAGCUAGCAUUUCCCUCGACUCCCUUCCCCUGUAGUCUUGGUCAAGGGUACAGGGGGGGGCCUCAGGGGGCGGGCGGGGGGGAGGGGGGCUUUGCCCUAAGAACGUUUUGCACUAACAUUAGGAAGGGGAUAAAGAAGCCGAAGGGCCUGAGCAAUCCCCACCCCCACCCCCCACUGCACACUUGAAGUAGAAUGAAUGAUGCAAGGGGCCAACUAUAGGAUCAGGGACCACAGUGUGGGGCAGAAGAAACUGUGUAAGCUGAAGUUCCUUAAUUCCCUCUCUCUUCAGCAUGCCAAGCCCCCCUACUCCCUCCAUAUCCAUAUGCACCCCCAGAGUCCUGCUAUUGCUCCAAGGCUGGGCCAGAGUCAUACCCCGGUCCCCACCCCCUUAACCCUGCCUGCUCUGAGUCCCGGCCUCAGCAAAGCCAUUCCCUUGGGGUGAGGGAGAACGCCUCCCACCAGCUCUUUGCCUUAGCUUUGCAGUGAGUGUGUCGCUCCUGUGCAGCCCUGUCUCCCCCUCCCCCCCAAUAAGAAUCUCUGCCCACCCAACACCCCCCCCUCCCAAAUUGCUUUCAACCCUCAGAGAGGCCUUGGCCAACCUGCCGCUUUGAAAGCAGGAUUCUUGGAGACAGUCCAUCCAGCCUGAAACCUCAUAAAACAGGACGAUGGCACCAAGAAUGAAAAAAAAAAAAAAAAAGACAGAAUCUUAUUUUCUCUGUUAAAAAAAAAAUGCAGACAGAAAAGCCAUGUGUAUUUUCCUAUGUGCUGAAGCUCAUCUUUGGAAAUAAAUUACAGUCAUCUGGAA